AUGUCUACCAACUUUAGGCCUUCUGGGCCGAUCUGGUCGCUAGGUGAAUAUCUGAAAGCUCGAGACUCGCUUGUAAGCGCUGAAAAGGCCCUCGGAUAUGAAAGUCUGGUUGAAAGGACACCCCUGGAAUCGACAGCCGAAGAGAUUAUUUACCGUCUUAAGGAGUGGGAAGACAGAAAUGUAUACGGCAUCAAGAGCGACGGCUCUGGACACGAAGCUGGACAUCGCUUCUUACACGGCCUAGACCUCGUUUCUGAUAGCAAACUGUUCGAAGUCGCUACAAAAGCUCCAAAAGGGUGUCUUUUGCAUUGUCAUUACGACUGCCUGCUACCUCCAGACACUGUGCUUGCCGAUGCUCGCAAGCAACCGAAUCUCUACAUCAGAUCUGACGUGCCGUUGAUCUCAGCAGGGCUCUUUGCUCAUGCUUUGCCACAGUUUGGCGUGUUCGGUCAAGCUACACCUCCGGCCGAGUCAAACAUGUUCCACGAGACCUAUGUCAGUGGAUCAUGGAUGCGGUAUUCAAGCUUCCUGCGAAGAUUUCCUGGCGGUGCAGCGAAGGCAGAAACUUGGCUCCGGAAGCGGAUGGUCUUGCAGCCGGAUGACGCGUAUCAUCCGAAACAGACUGUGAAUGGCAUUUGGCAACACUUUAUUCGGGCAGUUACAGUCAUCCGGUCAAUGCUUGGCUACGAAACAGCAUAUAGAGAGCAUUUCCGAAGAGCGUUGUGGAAGUUUGCGCAAGAUGGUAUCAUGUAUGCCGAGAUUCGAGUGGCGCUCAAUUACGGAUUUGCCAUCAAAUCCGAUGACGGUACUCGGGAGCUCAAGCAAAGGGAGGCUCUUCAGAUCCUCCAGCAGGUGUUGCGAGAAGAAACACCAAAGAUUCGCGCCACAGGACACUUGUUCUACGGCGCCAAGGUCAUCUAUGCUUGCAUGAGAUCUUCUUCAAGAGAUGCCAUGUUAUGGUGCAUGGACAAUUGCAUUGAGAUGAAGCAAUUGUUUCCAAAUUUGAUCUGCGGAUUUGAUCUGCAGGGACAAGAAGACACUGGAUAUCCGCUCUCUUUCUGGAUCCCCGACCUGCUCGAUAUGCGAGCUAAGAUCACGGCGCUAAAUAUUGAUCUGCCCUUCAUUCUGCAUGCAGGCGAGACGCUUGAUCACGGCGGCGAAACCGACUCCAACUUGUACGACGCAAUUCUCUUAGACACCAAGCGUAUCGGCCACGGCUUCAGCAUCACUAAGCACCCACUGCUGAUGCAAAUCUGCAAAGAGAGACAGAUUGCUAUCGAGACAUGCCCUAUAUCGAACGAGGUCCUAGGACUAGUCCCGACGACAAAGUCCCAUCACUUGCCGGUACUCUUGGCCAACUGUGUCCCUUGUACUGUCAACAGUGACGACCCUGGAUCCUGGCAAGCAAGUAUGCUGUCGCACGACUUCUAUCAGGCAAUGAUGGGGAGCGAAAACAUGUCGCUGAUGGGCUGGCGAACACUGGCCGAAUGGAGUAUUGCCUAUAGCUGCAACGAUGAACCGAUGAAGAACCAAAUGUUGAGCGAUUACAGCGAGAAGUGGAGGAAAUUUUGUGAAUGGAUCGUUCUCACUUAUGACCAGGAUUCAAGUGAGGAAUAA